CAGUCGAUUUGCUGACAGGGGAGGAAUUUGCAUCCUGGAUUAAAAAAAAAAAAAAAAGGCCGAGAGGAGCUUGGGAACGGUUGCUAGGGGUGGGUAAUGGGUGAAAAAAGGGGGGCGCCGGAGAGCGGAUAAGGAGGGUUAAGGGAGGGGGCGAGGCCGGGGAGCAAUGCAAAAGGUAAGGCCAGGUUACCGCGGCUCGGCCCCGAGUGGGCUGCGGCCGGGGGAGGGGCGAGAGAUACAUAUGUAUUUCUGUCUCCCUAGCACACCCCCUUCCCUCUAAGCGAUGGCUGAGAGGCGGUGCAUGCAGAUGGGGAGUAAGUUUCCUGAAGGGGAGGGUGGAUGCACGCGCGCGGCCCCGCGCUGCAAAUUUCCACCGGGGAGGGAGAGUGGCUGGAUGCGGAGAGUUUGGAGUUGCUCUCGGCGGAGGGCAGGAAGGGGAGCAGGGCCGGGAAGGGGGCUGGCGGGCGUUAUAUCUGGGAGUAAGUUUCCAGGAUCAGGAGAGCCUGCACGCUUGCUUGCUACUUUGCUGGCUCCCCAUCUCAUCCCCCGAGCGGAGAUUGGUCUUCUUGUCGGAUUGCCCAUGCACUUGUUGCAGAAACAGCCAAGGCCCCGGAUCUGGAGAAUGCUGAAGGAGGACGACACAGAAGCAGGACGACCCUGAACGAUUAAGCGUCUUAACCCUGAAACAGAACCAGGUCUGCUUUUCCCACCUGCCCAGCAGCAUGAGAACAGCAUGACCGGCCGGCCACAGGAGAAGCCCCCAGAGCCAGGCCCCCAACUCAACCACCUGCUGCGGAGGUCAAGGUGUGAGCGGCAUCUCUUCACCACGGUGGUGUUUGGUCCGUACCUCAGCCCGGGUGAGGAUGUAAAACCCCCCACUCUGUACAUGAGUGGUACAGGCCAACAGGAACACCUGGCUCCAGCCACCUUCAUAGACAUGUCAGCCGUGGAGUAGUGUGGACGCUUUCUCUCACCUUCUCAGGGUUUCAGUCCUUUUGGGUUUGUUUCAUUGACCUUUUUUUAUGGUUUUGUGGCUGAACGUUCACGACCAAGGCAGGCACCAUGGGAGAUCAGCAAAUGUACAAGACCAACCACGUGGCCCAUGGUGGUGAGAACCUUUUCUACCAACAGCCACCACUGGGCAUCCACGGUGGGCUGAACCACAACUAUGGGAAUACAGUCACAGGGGCUGGAAUGGAGGCCCCUCAGGCAUCACCCAUUUCCCCCCACUUCCCCCAAGAUACUCGGGAUGGUCUAGGCUUGCCUAUUGGCUCCAAAAACCUUGGCCAAGUGGACACCUCGAGGCAGGGAGGAUGGGGAAGCCACACAGGGCCUGGAAAUCAUGUCCAGCUACGUGGCAACCUGACCAACUCAAACAUGAUGUGGGGGGCACCAGCCCAGGCUGAGCCCGCCGAUGGCUACCAAUAUACCUACUCCCAGGCCAGCGAGAUCCGGGCCCAGAAGCUCACCAGCGGUGUCCUGCACAAGCUAGACUCUUUUACCCAGGUGUUUGCCAACCAAAACCUGCGGAUUCAGGUCAACAACAUGGCCCAGGUGCUGCACACCCAGUCAGCAGUGAUGGAUGGAGCCCCUGACAGUGCCCUCCGCCAGCUGCUGUCCCAGAAGCCCAUGGAGUCCCCGGCGCCGGCUCUCCCUUCUCGUUACCAGCAGGUGCCCCAGCAGCCUCACCCUGGUUUCACUGGUGGACUGUCCAAACAAGCUCUUCAGGUCGGGCAGCACCCUAGCCAAGGGCACCUGUAUUAUGACUACCAGCAGCCGCUGGCUCAGAUGCCAGUGCAGGGAGGACAGCCACUGCAGGCCCCACAGAUACUGUCCCAGCACAUGCAACAGAUGCAGCAGCACCAGUAUUACCCGCAGCAGCAACAGCAACAAGCUGGGCAGCAGCGCAUGUCCAUGCAAGAAAUGCAGCAGCAGCAGAUUCGCCCACCACAGCCUCAGCAGCAGCAGCAGCAGCAGCAGCAGCAGCAGCAGCAGCCCCAACAGCAACAACAGCAGCAGCUACAGCAGCGGCAGGGUUCGAUGCAGAUACCUCAGUACUAUCAAUCCCCACCCAUGAUUCAGCACUUGCAAGAGCAACAGCAGCAACAGAUGCACCUGCAGCCCUCUUCUUAUCACAGGGACCCCCACCAGUACACCCCAGAGCAGGCGCACGCUGUCCAGCUGAUUCAGCUGGGCUCCAUGCCCCAGUACUACUACCAGGAGCCGCAGCAGCCCUACAGCCACCCCCUCUACCAGCAGAGCCACCUGUCCCAGCACCAGCAGCGUGAGGACAGUCAGCCCAAGACGUACCCAAGCGACAGGCAGACCCAGGCCAUGAUGAGCUCCCACGGGGACCUGGGGCCUCCUGAUUCAGGAAUAGGAGACCCAGCGAGCUCGGACCUGAACCGGGUCAGCAGUGCCCUCCCCCAUCGGCCGCUCCUGUCCCCCAGUGGAAUCCACCUCAACAACAUGGGACCUCAGCACCAGCAGCUGUCGCCCAGUGCCAUGUGGCCCCAGAUGCACCUACCAGAUGGCAGAGCCCAGCCAGGUUCCCCUGAGUCAAGUGGCCAAGCAAAAGGAGUGUUUGGGGAGCAGUUUGAUGCCAAGAACAAGCUGACGUGCUCCAUCUGCCUGAAGGAGUUCAAGAGCCUACCUGCCCUGAAUGGCCACAUGCGGUCCCAUGGGGGGAUGAGGGCCUCCCCCAGCCUCAAACAGGAGGAAGGAGAGAAGGCCCCGCCACCUCAGCCCCAGCCACUGCCGCCUCCGCCGCCACCGCACCUCCCUCCUGAGGCAGAAAGCCUCACGCCUAUGGUCAUGCCCGUGUCUGUCCCUGUCAAGCUUCUCGCACCCAAGCCCAGCUCUCAGGGCUUCGCCAACAGCGUCGUUGCUGCCCCCUCCGCCAGAGACAAGCCAGCCAGCUCGAUGUCGGACGACGAGAUGCCCGUGCUCGUGAGGAUGACCCUCUCUCCCCCACACUCACCCCAAGGGGCUGUCCCCUGCACGCCUGCUGCACCAUCCUGGGCUCAGGAAUUGCCAAGGACUGCAGCUGUGACAGGCACUGGCCUGGGAAGUGACCACAGACUGCCCAGAACCUCUCUGCAGGAACUUCCCAGGAAGCAUCAGCACGGCGCGGCCAAAGCUGAGGAGCCACUCAAGAUUGUACCUGAGAAGAAGAAGUUCCGGCACCGGCCCGAGCCGCUCUUCAUCCCGCCCCCGCCCUCUUACAACCCCGCCCCCUCCUACUCGGGCGCCACCCUGUACCAGAGCCAGCUGCGCUCGCCGCGUGUGCUGGGAGACCAUCUGCUCCUGGACGCCGCCCACGAGCUGCCCCCUUACACGCCCCCGCCCAUGCUGAGCCCGGUGCGCCAGGGUUCGGGGCUCUUCAGCAAUGUCCUCAUCUCGGGGCACGGCCCCGGCGCCCACCCGCAGCUGCCGCUGACGCCCCUGACGCCCACGCCGCGAGUGCUGCUGUGUCGCUCCAACAGCAUCGACGGCAGCAAUGUGACAGUCACCCCUGGGCCUGGAGAGCAGACCGUUGAUGUUGAACCACGCAUCAACAUUGGCUUGAGAUUUCAAGCAGAAAUCCCAGAACUCCAAGAUGUCUCUGCCCUGGCUCAGGACACACACAAGGCCACACUGGUCUGGAAGCCCUGGCCGGAGCUGGAAAACCACGACCUCCAGCAAAGAGUGGACAAUCUCCUGAAUUUUUGCUGUUCAAGUGCAUUGCCAGGUGGAGGGACCAAUUCGGAAUUUGCUUUGCACUCUCUCUUCGAGGCCAAAGGUGAUGUGAUGGCUGCUCUGGAGAUGCUACUGCUGCGGAAGCCAGUCAGGUUAAAAUGUCAUCCUCUAGCAAAUUACCACUAUGCCGGUUCGGACAAGUGGACUUCCCUAGAAAGAAAACUGUUUAAUAAAGCACUAGCCACUUACAGCAAAGACUUUAUUUUUGUACAGAAGAUGGUGAAGUCUAAGACCGUGGCUCAGUGUGUGGAGUACUACUACACAUGGAAAAAAAUUAUGCGGCUAGGGCGGAAGCACCGAACACGCCUCGCGGAAAUCAUCGAUGAUUGUGUGACAAGUGAAGAAGAAGAAGAGUUAGAGGAGGAGGAGGAGGACCCGGAAGAAGAUAGGAAAUCCACAAGAGAAGAGGAGAGUGAAGUGCCGAAGUCCCCAGAGCCACAGCCAGGCCCAGUCCUGGCUCCCGCAGAGGGGCCACCCCUGCAGGCCCUUGGCCAGCCCUCAGGCUCCUUCAUCUGUGAAAUGCCCAACUGUGGGGCUGUGUUCAGCUCCCGACAGGCACUGAACGGCCACGCCCGCAUCCAUGGUGGCACCAACCAGGUGACCAAAGCUCGGGGUGCUGUCCCCUCUGGGAAGCAGAAGCCUGGCAGUGCCCAGAGCGGGUACUGCUCGGUGAAGAGCUCACCCUCUCAUAGCACCACCAGUGGCGAGACAGACCCCACCACCAUCUUCCCCUGCAAGGAGUGUGGCAAAGUCUUCUUCAAGAUUAAAAGCCGGAAUGCACACAUGAAAACUCACAGGCAGCAGGAGGAACAGCAGAGGCAAAAGGCUCAGAAGGCAGCUUUUGCAGCUGAGAUGGCAGCCACAAUCGAGAGGACUACGGGGCCUGUGGGGGCCCCGGGGCUGCUGCCCCUGGACCAGCUGGGUCUAAUCAAACCCAUCAAGGAUGUGGACAUCCUUGAUGACGACGUUGUCCAGCAGUUAGGAGGUGUCAUGGAAGAGGCCGAGGUUGUAGACACCGAUCUCCUCUUGGAUGAUCAAGAUUCAGUUUUGCUUCAGGGUGACACGGAACUAUAAAGCCCUGUUUGUCGCCCAGAGACAUCGAAAACUCACGGCCUCCGUCUUCAUCCAUCAGGAAACCUGGACUGCCUGCUUGUUUUGUAACCAUUUUAAACUACCUGUUUAAAAAGUGGUCGUUUUGUUCAGGUUUAGGGAAAAAAAUCCAGUUUCUUUCCCUUUUAUUUAAAACAAAAAUUUGUUUUUGUGGAAGGUUGGGGCAAAUGAAUAAUUGGCACAACUCUAUUUAAAAGGUGUGCCAAUUCCCGUGAACUAUAGUUACUGGUGACCUUAAGAAGAGCAAUUGGGCUGAAGUGGAGGGGACAACAGUCCAGCUGGAGAGGGUGGAGGAAGGAGGAAGGAGGAACUGUACCAUGGCCUACAUUCCUGUGAACGCAUUCCUGGCAGGGAAGGAAUCUGACUUUUGUGUUCUUUGGUUUUCAGAUGUCAACCAUCCUGACUGCCUUUUAUCCCAAAGCUUACAGUGAGUGAGUGAGCGAGCGAGCGAGCGAAGCAGGCUACCCUCUUCUUGCUGGGGUCUUGGGCCAUCCUUUCCCACCAGGAGUUAUUUUUUGUUCUGUUCUGACCUCAUUUUGUAACUCGCAAUGAACUCGGCAUCUCUGCUAGGAGACUAUGCUAGUGGGUAGCUUUCCAGAGUGCAAAGUAAGCCCUCAUAUGCCAUGCUUGCCUCUAGCACAUGCAUCAUUUGAAGAGUUGACCAAGUGGGAAAAUGAAUUUUUUCCCUGCCUUGCCUGUCACUCGUUGGCCUGUUUCUAGGAACUGAGUACUGUAUAAUUUCAGGCUUAAUCUCCCCGGCAAUGAUUUACUAAAGACCUGGUUCAUAGAGCAAGUGCGGUAUCCUCUCCCAUGAUCCCUGGGGGCUGGUUGGCUCUGUUGUGGGCUCGCAGAGCUGUGUUUCAUUGUGAGCCCCCUGGAGGCCCGUCUGGAGGAAAAUAACCCCAGCUAUUACGUUGCCAGGGCUGUUUUUGAGGGAGGGUAAGGUUGGUUGAGAGGCACACAUUAAGUACCUGGAAUGCAAAAAAAGUGUUCUUUUGCCCAAAAACUAAAUUGGAAGAGCCCAUUCUUUUUUGUAACACUGUUAAUGAUCAGUGGAGUUGUAAAAUGACUCUGCCAUUUGGAAGUACUGUGAAACCUCGUUCAUCUGUGUUGGACCAAAGUUAACCUUGACGCUAAGCGUGAGGAAAACAGUUUUCUAACAAAUUUGAUAGCAAAUACGCAGUGUGAUCAAAAAAUACAGUGAAUGUUUAAAUUUAAAAAAAAUUAUUACAGUAAAAGACACAUUG